AUGGCAAGCAUCUUGGAUACAACAACUGUCGCCUCUUUGCCGGCUGGGCGCAGUUUUGUAUUCGGCACCGCGGAUUAUAUUGUCUUCGUGUUCAUGUUGGUCGCCUCAGCUGCAGUUGGUGUAUACUUCGGAUUCUUUUCGAAAUCGAAAAACACUACCGAUGAGUAUCUGAUGGGAGGCAAGCGGAUGAAAACCAUACCUAUUGCUAUAUCCUUGAUCGCGAGUCAACUGUCUGCCUUAUCCAUAACAUCAGUUCCAGCCGAGAACUAUGCAUUUGGCAUCAAUCAAAUUUUUCUUGUGUUUUCCAUGUUUGUGGUGGCGCCAUUAAUAUGCUACGUUAUAACGCCAGUAUUCUACGAGAAUAAUAUAUCCAACUGCUACGAGUAUUUAGAGAAGCGUUACAACAAACUCACUCGACAGCUAGUCACCUGUACAUUCAUUUUGAAUGCCUUCCUCCUGCUGCCCGUCGUUAUUUUCAUUCCAUCAAUGGCUUUCGCGCAAGUGACUGGAAUUAAUAUUCAUGUUGUCAAUGCAGUUGUGUGCUCGAUAUGUGUUUUUUACACAACGCUAGGUGGCAUUAAAGCCGUUGUAUGGACUGAUGUGCUACAAGGCGGCAUUAUGCUCUCAUCUGUGGUGUUAGUGGGCAUUUUGGGCACCUUUAAAACCGGAGGACUGACCAAAGUUUUUGAAUAUGCCUCAGAAGGUGGACGCAUGGAUGUAAACCUCUCUUUGGAUCCACGCGUACGCAUCACAUUCUGGAAUUCAUUCAUAUGCGGCACCAUGAUGUGGACCGGUCAUAUUGGCCUUAAUCAGAGUUGCGUCCAGCGAAUCGUCUCCUUGCCAUCUUUGAAGCAUGCACAAAGAGCACUUUGGAUAGCUGGCAUUGGCUUUAUUCUUGUGAUGGGCUGGAACUGUUUCAUCGGCAUUGUGAUGUACGCUUACUACCAUGACUGUGACCCAAUCAAAGCAGGCCUGGUCAACAAGCCGGAUAAAAUGGUGCCAUUCUUUGUGCAGGACAUCAUGGGUCACCUAAUGGGCAUGCCCGGCCUCUUCAUUUCCUGCGUCUUUAGCGCCGCGCUCAGCUCCAUGUCUGCCAUGCUGAAUUCCAUGGCUGGUGUAGUUUAUUUCGAUUAUAUCCGUCCGCGCAUGAAGGAGUACCACACAGAGGCGCGCGCCAAUUUUAUAAUGAAGUUAAUUAUUGUGGCAAUGGGUUGCUAUUGUGUGGCGGGCGGCGCGGUGGUGGAACAUUUCGACUCAAUCAUGCAACUGGUCAUAACCAGCACUGGCAUCAACACCGGAUCUGUGGUAGGCGUUUUUCUGUUGGGUAUGCUGGUGCCACGCACCAAUGGCAAGGUGGCGGUGGCUUCGAUUAUAUUCAGUGUAGUAGGCAUGUUUUGGAUCAUUAUAAUUGGUCAAAUGCGUGCCAAAGAAGGUGCCGUGCAAUAUAAGCCAUUAUCCAGCAGUAUUGAGGGAUGUGCGGCACACAAUCUACAAGUGGUGAUGGAAUCUAUACGUAAUUCCACCACGAACGACCUUGCACUACAAAUGCUCCCUCAGCAUAUCGAAGAGCCCAAAGUCACGACCGCUUUUGGUAGCAAUCGAGAAUUUUCCAUUUAUGAGAUAUCCUUUUAUUGGUAUAAGGUAAUUGGAGUUCUACUCGUUUGGUUAUUAGCCAUUCCGCUCAGCUAUAUUUGGCGUCGCGAUGAGGAGGAGAAAUUUAAUCCACAUCUUUACUCGCCAUUCAUAAGACGUUUUCUUGGGAAACGCUUAUCCGUCGAAAUGGAAGAGCUACCAUUGAAAACACCAAUUCCAGUGGAUGAGCUGAAAAAUGAUCUUGAAACAACUAUUUCAAUGGCGGAGAAAUAGAUGA